UACUGUUCAGUUAGCCAGUUAUUGAGCUCUUACUGUAGGUUGCAUUCAAGGGAGCCCUAAACGCCUUUACAAUGGCAGAAGUCGAAGAAACUAUGAAAAGAAUCCAGAGCCAAAAAGGGGUGCAGGGGAUGAUCAUUGUCAGUGCAGAGGGCAUCCCUAUUAAAACCACCAUGGAUAACUCAAGCACAGUCCAGUAUGCUGGUCUAAUGCAUCAGCUUGUGAUGAAAGCCAGGAGUACAGUCAGGGACAUUGACCCACAAAACGACCUUACCUUUCUCAGAAUUCGAUCCAAAAAGAAUGAGAUCAUGAUUGCUGCAGAUAAGGACUAUUUCUUGAUCGUCAUUCAGAAUCCUACGGAAUAAGAAGAAUAUUCUCAACUGUUUUUUUUUUUUAAUUUAAUGGCCAAAUAUUUUAUUGUGUUCCUCAGAAUUAAUUGUCAUUGCACAUGUCAUACAAAAAGGUAUUGUGAAAAGAAUUCAGUUGUCAUUGUCAAAUUAAUAUGGUUGGCUGAACUGCCCCUAUUUAUGAUGCUUUGCAGCAAGUUAAGUAUGUAGUGCUUUGAACAAUAUCAUUUAUCCUUAUCAUUCCAGUGAUCCUCCAUAUACAAGUAUGAAUGAUUAUCAGAAUGCAAUAGUCUCCCCACAAAGAACACAGUACGGUUUUCCUCUUGUAAACUGCUACCUUUGAUUCAGUAACACUGAUUAAUCUGAAGUGUUACACAAAUUAUCAUUUUUGUAUAUCUGUUCUUUCUUUAUUUCAGUGGCCUAAUGAUAGUGUUUGAUAAGGUAUUGAUAGCAGAAUGUCACACUACGAAGAGUCUGCUUUUUACUCACUUGAUUGAUAAUAGUUUACAGUAAUAAAUAAACUUGUCGCUUGAACAGUCA